AUGCUUGAAGAGCUUUUUAAGUCCUCCACUUCACUUUUGCUUUUGGGGGUCAUCAUUGGCCUGUUGAUCAUUCAGAUUCUUUUAUCCAGCUUCAGCUCUAAAGAAAGGAGAGCGCCUCCAGGACCCAAACCUCUUCUUCUGCUCGGUAACCUGCUACAGGUUGAUCUCAAGAGGCUCGACAAAUCUCUCUUUGAUCUUUCUAAAAGAUAUGGACCAGUGUUUACAGUCUACUUUGGACUAAAGAAGGUCAUAGUCAUAGCAGGUUACAGGACAGUCAAACAGGCUCUGGUAAACCAUGCUGAAGAGUUUGGAAACAGAGAAGUCACGCCCAUCUUCUAUGACUUUACCAAAGGACAUGGAAUACUAUUUUCCAAUGGUGACUCGUGGAAGGAAAUGAGGCGCUUUGCUUUAGGUACCCUGAAAGAUUUUGGAAUGGGCAAGAGGAUUAAUGAGGGAAAAAUCAUUGAGGAAUGUCACUAUCUGAUCCAAGAAUUUGAGCAGCAUCAAGGGAAAGCCUUCAACAAUAGCCAGACAAUUGUUUAUGCUGCUUCAAACAUUAUAUCAGCUAUAAUGUUUGGAAAGAGGUUUGAAUACAAAGAUCCUGUCUUCCAAGCUAUGGUGGAAAGAGACAAUGAGUCCAUCCGUCUGACGGGAUCAGCUUCCCUCCUGAUAUACAACAUAGUUCCGUGGCUGGGACCAUUUCUUAAAGACUGGAGGGAUUUGAUGAAAAAUGUUGAAGACAACAAGGCGGAGAUGAAAAGGAUCAUAGGAAACCUUAAAGAGACUUUCGACCCUGAGAUGUGCAGAUGCUUUGUUGAUGCAUUUCUGAUUCAUAGGCAAAAACUGGAGGCGAAUGUAACAUCUCUGCUCAUUACACUUGUGAUCCUACUUGUUUUCUAUCUAAUCUGCACCAUCCUUGCUUCUGAGAGAAAUUACCCUCCAGGUCCCAGGCCACUGCCACUGUUUGGCAAUUUGCUACAGUUGAAUCGUCAGCCGCUUCACAUUGCGCUCUAUGAGCUGUCCAGGAAGUAUGGCCCAGUAUCCACUGUCCAUUUGGGGCCCAAAAAGACAGUGGUGCUGGCAGGUUACAAGACGAUCAAGCAAGCUCUGCUGAAUGUUGAUGCCUUUUCAGACAAAGAAAUACUUCCAAUUAUUAGUGACUUAAAAUUAACUCAUGGAAUUGUUUUUGCCAGUGGGGAUUCAUGGAGAGAGAUGAGGCAUUUUGCAUUAACAAACUUAAAAGAGUUUGGAAUGGGAAAGACGGCAAUCGAAGAAAAAAUCAUAGAGGAGUCUGAGUGCCUGAUUGAAGUAUUUGAAGAAAAAAAAGGUAAAGCCUUUGACACUGCUGAGGCUGUAAGCUCUGCUGUUUCCAAUAUCAUCUGUUCGAUUGUUUAUGGUAAAAGAUUUGAAUAUGAUGACCCAGAGUUCAGAGUGAUGUUGAGUCGAGCUAUUAGGAAUACUCAACUCCUGGGCUCUGCUUCAGUGCAGUUAUAUAACUACUUUCCUAUGCUGUUCAGUUGGGUUAAAGCCCGCAAAGAGCUGAUAGAGAACGCCUUUGCUAAUAGAAGACAAAUAGCAGCACUGAUCAAAGGUUUAGAGGACACCCUUGAUCCACAGAUGUGCAGAGGUUUGGUGGAUUCAUUUCUCGCUCGGAAGAUUCAGCUUGAGGCAUCUGGAAAUAUAGAUAAAAAUAUAAGUUCUCACUAUCACGAAGACAACCUACUGAUUACUGUUGUCAACCUAUUUACUGCUGGCUCAGAAACUACAUCUACUACUAUAAGAUAUGGCUUAAUGUUCAUGGCCAAGUACCCUGAAAUACAAGACAAAGUCCAUGAGGAACUGGAUCAGGUAGUAGGAAAUCGCCAGGUCCGAGUGGGAGACAGAAAGAGCCUGCCAUUCACUGAUGCUGUCAUCCAUGAAAUACAAAGAGUGAUUAAUACUACACCUUUUAUUACACGUUGCGUUUCACAAGAUGUCACCUUUCAGUCCUACUUCAUUAAGAAGGGAACCCCAGUGAUUGGUCUGCUUUCAUCAGCUCACUGGGAUGAGAAUAACUGGGAAAAGAGUUCCACUUUCAAUCCAGCCCAUUUCCUGGAUGAGAAAGGCAAUUUUAGAAGGAGAGAGGCUUUUAUCCCAUUCUCUGUAGGGACGAGGGUUUGUGCUGGAGAGAGUCUGGCCAAGAUGGAGCUUUUCCUUUUCUUUGCCUCCCUCCUCCAGCGCUUUCGAUUCACUCCCCCACCUGGAAUGACUGGAGAUGACCUGGAUCUGACACCAGUUGUAGGCUUCACCCUCACCCCUUUACCUCAUAAGCUCUGUGCCAUGAGCAGAGUUUGAAGAUUAAAAGUGUAGAACUGACAAAUGGUAUUUUUCUUUAACCAUUUUGGUUACACAAAACCACAAAGAACAAGCUGUAGGAGUUUGAUCUGCUUGUUCUUAUGAAAGGGUAUUGUUGUCAUUGUUAAAGCCUUAACCCUGAUUAAAACCAUGUUUGACACUGUUUUUAAACACACCUAUGAUAAAUCCCUUGAGUGGAGUUUUUAAA